AGUAUUGCCCUUCUGACACCUUCAAGACUCAACUUUUGCAGCUCUUGGGCUUCAACCUAAGCGUUACUGAAAAUGCCAGAGAGAGGAGUAUGGCCCAAGCUGAUUAUGUGCAUCUUGCCCGUUGCUGAGAUAGUCGUUGGAGCUGUGCACCAAAAUGACUGUCCGAAGCAGCCCUUCAUCCCCAUCUACUUGGAGGUGAUGGGAGCCUUGGGUCUGUUGUACAUUGCGCUCUCCUUUCUGUGCCGCCCCGAUGACCUCAGCCGUUGUGGCAUGGCCUUCAACAUCAUGCACCUUCUCAUCCGCUUCAGCUGGUUCUUCACUGGUAACUGGUGGAUCUACUCAAUCUAUCAACCCAACUACAACCAGACGACAACAGAUGUGGAUCCGUACUGCAACAAGACGCUCUACCUGUUUGCCUUCUGGACCACCAACCUGGCCUACAUCAUAGUUCCUCCAUUAAUAGUCUUUGCCCUCUGUCGUUACUUCCACGUGAAAUGACAAGCGGUGGCAACAAAUAACAAUUCAGUCCCAAAAAAAUGUUUUGGGGGGGUUGGGGCAUCAUUGUCAGGCUUGACAAGAUUGCCAAAAUCUUCUAUAUCAUUAUGGGUAAUUUCAUAUCUAAAUAAUGAUUUACAGGUGCAUCUCAAUAAAUUAGAAUAUUAUAGAAAUAUUUAUGUCACUAAUUAAAUUGAAAAGGUUGAAAUACCACAAUGCAUAGAUGCAUAUAAUUCUAAUUAUAAUGAUUAUGGCUUACAUUUAAUGAAGACCUAAAAUCCAGUGUCUAAAAAAAAUUAAUAUUACAAAAGACCAAUUUUUAAAAGUAUGUUUAAUAUGGAAAUGUUGGCCUCUGAACAGUAUGUCCAUCUAUACGCACUCAAUACUUGGUUGGGGCUAUUUGACUUGAACUACUGGAAAUAGACCUUUCUAUCAUAUUCUAAUUUAUUGUG